GCUCACAGCCGUUCGGCUCAGGGACGAAGCCCGGGCACUGUCGCCUCGCCUCGGCCGUCAACGCAUCAACGUGCUCGGACAACGGAAGCGGGAGUGGCGCUGCUGGCGAUGGAGUCGCCGAGGAGCCCCGCCGCGUCGCGCCGCCGCUCGGACCGGGCGGCGCCGCCCCGCGGGUUCGCCGCCAGCAGGGCCGACUCGUGCCCGCCUGGCGCCGAGGCCGUGCGCGGCGGAGCAACUCCAUGAGCUCCACGUGCAGGCUGCCCGCGCUCAUGCCGCCCGAGGAGCUCGGCAGGAGCCCGCAGCAUGGCCUCGACGUGGACGAGCUGAGGUCGGCCCCCAACACCCCCCCCUCGUCGGGACCUCGGCCCGGCGGCUGCCGCGGAUGUCCUCCGUCAGCUCGCUGCGCCAGGACGCCGCGGCCCGGAGGCGGGGCUCCAUGGCCGACCUCCGCGCGGCCCCCUCGCCGUCCUCGCGGGCGCAGAGCCCCUGCUCCGCCCGCAGGAGGCCGGAGCAGUCCAGGAGGAGGUCCACGAGCGACCUCUUCGCGACGGGGGCGCCCCCGACGGUCCAGAGGAGCCCUUCCGGGGCCACCGGGCGCCCGGGCCUCGGCGUGCUGGCGGGCAGCGCCCGCCAGGCCGCGCGCCUGGACAACGGGUUCUCACCGCGGCACGCGUCGCGGCGCGAGGUCCUCGCCGACGACCCCGACCUCGCCGACGCCCCGCGGCGGUCCUCGUCCCACUCGCGGGCGGUGCGCCCGGCGGACCCGAGCUCGGAGUUCCACGACUGGCACACGCAGGCCAUCGCGGGGUUCAUGCGCACCCCCCCGCGCCGCGCCUCCCUGCUCGCCCUGAAGCUGCUCGCGCUGUCGAAGCCGAGCCAGAAGGAGGAGCACGAGGCCCCGGGCAUCCUCGAGGCCGACGACGCGGCCGGCAGCGAGGGCAGCGGCGCCCCGGACGAGAAGCCCGACGACGUCCGCUCGAGCGAGGAGACGGACAGCGACGAACCGCACGUGCCCCUCGCGCCCACGCUGCUCGAGAUCUACUCCGGCUACGCGGAGGAGACGGCGGAGACGCACGACAGGUUCAUGCGCCUGGCGUUCAAGCGCUUCGAGGCCGCGGGUGCCGGCGAGAUCGGGCGGGAGCGCCUGCACGACGCGCUCACCCACCUGGGUUUCCUGACCAGCACGCGGGAGCACUCCCUCGAAUUGGCCGCGAAGCUCUCCAAGUUUCAGAACCUCGACUACGUGGAUUUCUGCGACUACGUGAGCAAGUUCGCCGCCGACGAGCGCUCCGGCAUCCGCCAGCGCGCGUGCGCGUGCGCGGAGGGCGGCGGCACAACGGCGCUCGACCGGAUUCAGGAGUUCCUGCGCUCCGCCGGCGUGUUCAUCUCGAACGAUAGCGUGGAGGUGGCGCGGAAAGCGGCGAAGCUGGACCACAUGAAGCUGGAGGACAUGAGCACCAACGAUCUCCUGCUGACUUUGGCCGCGUGCAGGCUGGAUGAGAGCUUCACCAAGGAGGAGCUGGCGGAGGCGUUCGAGAUCUUCGGCGAGCUGGAGAAGGAGCAGCACGUCUCCCCAAACGGCUGGGGCCGUCUGGCCAAGGCCUCCCAGCUCACCGACGGCAUGCUUCAGUUUACCGGCCUCUACUCCGUGGACUACAUCGAGCAGAUGGCGGACAUUUUGCCCUCCGACACCGAGGAGCAGCCUGGCUUCUGCUUCCACGAGUUCCUGGUCUGGCUUCGCCGGCUGCGCGACCCCAUGACGCAGGACCUGUGGAAGCGUUUCAAGGACCUGGAAACCAGCGAGCCGGGCCUCAUUCAGCGCGACAGUGCCAUCACCAUCGCGAAGCAGCUGGGGAUUUCUCUGCUUGCGGACGCUGUAAAUGAGCUUAUGUUAGACCUCGGGUUGCAAGAGAACACCACCUUCGAUUUCGACUCGCUGGUGCAAUUUAUAAGUGCGGCCCGGAAGACGCACGGCUUCUCGCGCUCCGAGGCGGAGGAGCUCGGCACCGCGUACGAGAAGAUGGACUACGAAGGAACGGGUGAGCUGAACAUCGUCCAGGUGCUCGACUUGCUUCGGUACCUGGGAAACACCACCAGCGUCGACGCUGCGAACGCCAUGAUCAAGCGGGUCGACUUUAACGGGAACGGGUCCAUGGACCGCGACGAAUUCUUGAGGCUGAUGAGACUGAUGCGCGAGCAGGAUUGUUUGAAGGCACGCAAGUCCUUCGACGAUCUGAGCAGCUCCACUGAGCAGCUGCCCAGAGGGUCUGUUAAGGACGCCCUUGCCAAGCUGCACUUGUCUCCAAAGGACGAUUUGCUGGAAGAGCUCAUGCAAAACAUACCAGGAGAUGUCUGCUUCACUUCCUUUAUGCGCCUCCACGACCAGUGCCGCUUCCGCAUGAACCUCGAGUUCAGGAAGUGCGGGGGAUUCCCAGAGGCGACCACGAAGGAGAUUGCGGAGCUCUGGAGCCCCGACGGCUCCCCGAAGAAGUUCGCCACCUUCGGCGAGCUCAUCUGGAUGUUCUCCGACUCGCAGGAGGUCCCCGUCAACACGAGCGACGGCCGGAGCGAGCUGCAGCGCCGCGUGAUGGCCGCGCGGGAGUCCGCCAUUGCGGCCGGAGUCUCGGAGGAGGAGGCGUCGCGCGAGGGCACCGCCGACAUCGGCUUCUACACGUUCGUGCACCUGAUCCGCGGGCUCGUGCGGGACUCGGAGCAGGACGUCAUCAAGCGCGAGAAGGAGGCGGUGUCCGCGGCCCGCUUCCCGAGCAGCGAGGCCGCCGAGUUUCGCACCGUCUUUUCCGACCUCGCCGAGCAGGAGGCAAAGAAGGUAUCAUCCCGAAAGAAGAGGCCGGGCCGGACAGGCCAGAGUGUUGACAAGCUCCUGGCCAACCUCACGAUGGUGCCUUCCAUACCAGAGACGGGCGUGCUGUCCAUGCUGAAGUCCAUUGGGGUCAAUGCGACCGCCAGCAAGAUGGCUGAACUCAAGGACUUCCUGACCCAGACGAGGAGCCGAUACGAGACAGACAAACAUAUAAUCCAGUUCGCCACGUUCUUGAGGAUGUUGCGAUGGAUGCUCGACACCGAUUUCGCAAGCAUCUGCAGCGUCAUGAAGGUUCCGAAGGAAUGA